CAGUUGGUCUUGUUCUGCUGGAGAAGCGCAACGUUCGUAUAUUCAUUUCUAUAAAACAAAUAACAAAGUGAGUUAACCGCACCACCGUGCUGUGACAAAAUUUUAUUUGAAUUAAAAUCCAAUUAGCGCACUUGUUUGUGGAACACUCUAACCAGAACGGUAAUUAUUGCGAUAAUGGCAAACGAAUAAUAAUGUUUUCUGAUUAGAUAAUAAAUAACUGGGCGGAGGGUAGUUUCUAGCGCUAAAUAAUAAAUUUGCUACUAUGCUACUAUUUACUUGAUCUCUAUCAAUAUAAAAUAUGUAUGUAAAGUGAACUAAAAGUGCAUUGGAUUUGAGUUGAAACAAACAAAAACAAAAAUUGUUGCUUCCUUUAAAAGACGGCAAAAACAUAAGACCCAAUUAAAUGACGUUGUCAGCUGACCUCGAAUGUCUUGUGAUCAGUACUAAUAACCAUUUCGAAUAGGUGUAUUAUGUCUUUGUAGCUAAGUUAGCUGCUGAAGUUAGUAAACAUACAAACUGUAUUAAAACUGCAAGUAAACCCAAAAUUAUAGUUGUUAAUGUUAAGAAUUCAAAAUGGUUGCCUGCGUAGUUUUUUCACCGAUCGUGGUUAAUCAGUUGUCAGCUGACACAUUCAGAUGACAAUAGUCUUGUGAUCAACGUCAAAUGCAACUGUCAAAGUUUCGAACUUCGAAAGUGAAUCUUGUAUGUUCAUUCGUUUCAAUUAUUAAGUAUUUUAGGUUGAAAGAGUAUUUCGUCCACUGAAGUUGAACAUCUAAAAAGCCAAAAUGUCGAAUUUGAAGCGCUUCGAUGAUGAGGAUAACGAGAGCAAAUACGGCCGCGUUUUCGCCGUAUCUGGUCCUGUCGUCACAGCCGAGCGUAUGGCUGGCUCUGCUAUGUACGAGUUGGUGCGUGUAGGUUACUACGAAUUGGUGGGUGAGAUCAUUCGUCUGGAAGGUGACAUGGCCACCAUUCAGGUAUACGAGGAAACCUCUGGUGUAACUGUUGGCGAUCCCGUGUUGCGUACAGGCAAACCUCUAUCCGUCGAAUUGGGUCCCGGUAUUAUGGGCAGCAUUUUUGACGGUAUCCAGCGUCCACUAAAGGACAUUAACGAGUUGACCGAAUCCAUUUACAUUCCCAAGGGUGUAAACGUACCCAGUUUGUCCCGUACCCAAGCUUGGGAAUUCAACCCACUUAACGUAAAAGUUGGUUCACACAUCACCGGAGGUGAUCUUUACGGUCUGGUGCACGAAAACACAUUAGUAAAACACAAGAUGAUCGUAAAUCCACGCACGAAGGGAACCGUUCGUUACAUUGCUCCUACUGGUAACUACAAAGUUGAUGAUGUCGUUUUGGAAACUGAGUUCGAUGGUGAAAUCACCAAACACACUAUGUUGCAAGUGUGGCCUGUACGUCAACCACGUCCAGUAACUGAAAAAUUGCCCGCCAACCACCCAUUGUUGACUGGCCAGCGUGUAUUGGACUCUCUAUUCCCCUGUGUACAAGGUGGUACCACCGCCAUUCCCGGAGCUUUCGGUUGCGGCAAAACUGUCAUCUCACAGGCCUUGUCUAAGUACUCCAACUCUGAUGUCAUUAUCUACGUCGGUUGUGGCGAACGUGGUAACGAAAUGUCUGAAGUAUUGCGUGAUUUCCCCGAAUUGUCCGUUGAAAUUGACGGUGUCACCGAGUCUAUCAUGAAGCGUACCGCUUUAGUAGCUAAUACAUCCAACAUGCCUGUCGCUGCUCGUGAAGCUUCCAUUUACACUGGUAUCACACUUUCCGAAUACUUCCGUGAUAUGGGUUACAACGUAUCUAUGAUGGCUGAUUCUACCUCCCGUUGGGCCGAAGCUCUUCGUGAAAUUUCUGGUCGUUUGGCUGAAAUGCCUGCCGAUUCUGGUUACCCAGCCUAUUUGGGUGCUCGUCUAGCCUCCUUCUACGAGCGUGCUGGACGUGUCAAAUGUUUGGGUAAUCCCGAACGUGAAGGUUCCGUCUCCAUUGUCGGUGCUGUAUCGCCACCUGGUGGUGAUUUCUCCGAUCCUGUCACAUCCGCCACUUUGGGUAUCGUACAAGUGUUCUGGGGUUUGGAUAAGAAAUUGGCGCAACGUAAGCAUUUCCCUUCGAUCAAUUGGUUGAUUUCCUACUCGAAAUACAUGCGCGCUUUGGACGAUUUCUAUGAAAAGAACUUUGCUGAAUUCGUGCCAUUGCGUACAAAGGUCAAGGAAAUUCUGCAAGAAGAAGAAGAUCUAUCUGAAAUUGUACAGUUGGUCGGUAAAGCUUCAUUGGCCGAAACAGACAAAAUCACACUUGAGGUGGCGAAAUUGUUGAAAGACGAUUUCUUGCAACAGAAUUCCUACUCAUCGUACGAUCGUUUCUGCCCCUUCUACAAGACCGUAGGUAUGUUGAAGAACAUAAUUUCCUUCUACGACUUGGCCCGCCACUCUGUGGAAUCGACAGCGCAAUCCGAGAACAAGAUCACAUGGAACGUUAUCCGCGAAGCUAUGGGCAACAUCAUGUACCAGCUGUCAUCCAUGAAAUUCAAGGAUCCCGUGAAGGAUGGUGAGGCCAAGAUCAAGGGUGAUUUCGAACAACUGCAUGAGGAUCUGCAACAGGCUUUCAGAAACUUGGAAGAUUAAGCUUUAUAAGCGAUUUCUACACAAGUUCGAUUUAAUUUUAAUUGUUCUAAAAAGACAAAGAGCCUAUAAUAUUGUUAUGUAGAUUAAUUAAACGAAAAUCGUGUAAACGCGUCACCCAAAUCAGUAACGAAACAGCACCAAAAGGGACACAAAUAUUCCUUUUCAAAAGACAAAAUUAUGCAUUCCACUUAAAUGUUUCCAACAAACGUAUUUAAAUCAUUUACUAUAAUUAAUUACAAUGUUUUUCUGUGAAAAUGUUAAAACGAAAACAUUCCGGCCUUUCGGUGUUUCUAUUGAAAAUAAAAUGUUUAUUGCAAGCAACAAAGUGAAAAAACACAAUCGUCCCAAAAUGUACUUCCAAUAUUAUUGUUAACAUUUGUAUCUUUUGGAAUGUAAACCGUGCGCAUUUACUGUUUACACUUACACACACUAUAUAUAUAUAUAUACAUAACUGUAGAACGGAUAUUUGCUAUCCGCUAACUGCGCAUUCAAUCUACAAAAUACAAGUCAAAAGUGCGGCUUAUACGUCAGCUUACAUAUACACAUUUACUUAUUUAAAAAUGCAUACCAGUAGUAUUAUUUGUAUAAUUGAAAUUCUUGUUUGUCAAAAUCUAAAUGUAUUGUUUUCGCUGCUACAGCUAACCUUCAUUUGUUGAAUGUAAUGUAAAUAAUUACCUUAUUGAAAAUGUAUUGUGAAAAGUGCAUUCUGAAAUAAAAUGUGCAGCCUCAAGCUACAUUUUACUGUAAACAUACAAAA